GCCGGAGCCCUUGUUCCGGGGAGUGAUCGGUCCUCGGGGGAGGCGGACGCAGGCCCCGGGAUCGGCGGUCGGUGGCCUCGGGUCUGUAGGCUGCGGGGAGCGCAGCGUUCUCGGGGGCGCCAUGUCGUUCUGCAGCUUCUUCGGGGGCGAGGUUUUCCAGAACCACUUUGAGCCGGGCAUCUAUGUGUGCGCCGAGUGUGGUUACGAGCUCUUCUCCAGCCGCUCAAAGUACGCACACUCAUCCCCAUGGCCGGCCUUCACCGAGACCAUCCACGCUGACAGCGUGGCCAAGCGUCCAGAGCACAAUCGGCCGGGAGCCUUCAAGGUGUCCUGUGGCAGGUGUGGCAACGGGCUGGGCCAUGAGUUCCUGAAUGACGGCCCCAAGCGGGGGCAGUCCCGCUUCUGAAUAUUCAGCAGCUCACUGAAGUUCAUCCCCAAAGGCAAAGAAACUUCUGCCUCCCAGGGGCAGUAGGCAGGCAGCCCACACCCACCCCGGAGGGACACUGCACUAUGGCUACACUCUGGCCACCCACCGUGGAACUGGGACCCCAGACGUUCAGACAGGGAAGGGGGGUUGGCUGAAACAUCAGGAAGGCUCCCGAGGCCUUGGCCUGCACAGAUCCUCCUUGGGAAAAACACUGGUUUGCUUGUACCCGCUGCCGGACGGGCCUGCAGGGCCCAGCUGUGGGCUUACCUUAGCUUUCUGCUUAAACUGGAGUCUGAGGGGGUGGCCUCAGGCUGAGCUCGUCUUUGAAUGACUGUGUGCCCCCACCUUCUCUGUCUGGACUCACCCCUGUGGGGCCCAAUUCUGAGAUGGGCUCUGGCCCUCGCCAAAGCUCGCGCCCAUCUCCCUGGGCUGUUCUAGGAGACAGAAUGUAAAUGGAGGCGGCCCCAGUCGGCUGCUCCAGCCCCCGUCACUGCAUGAUUCGCUCUGGUUAAACCCUUCCAGGCAACCAGAGUGGUGACAAUCCGUGACCCGCUGGGGGAGCAGGCUGAGGGGACGGACUCCUGGUCUCUCAGCUAUGAAAGGAGAAACCCUGAACCCGUUUCACAAUCUUUGCGGCUGCAGCUUACCUCACUCGGGCUCCGGAAAGCAGCUAUUGCUUCAUUACCUCGACUGCACGAGGCCGGGACCCUGGGGCUCGCAGGCGACAGGUCACACCUUCCCAGGAGACCAUGACUGUGCCUUACUGCACAUGCUCUGAAGCUCUUGCCAUCUGAGAGGGUGGGUGAUGUGAAGGUCCCCCCAUCUUGAUUCCUCUCUGGAGUUAUCAGGAGGCGAUCAAUAAACAAAGGAAGCCCA